AAAAUGUGUGUUAAUGUCGUUUUGUGCUCCUGUAAAUGAAAAAAAUAGUUGUAAAAAAAUCAAUAUAAUCUAUCAACUAUGUGGGUAUCCUUAAGCAAUGCUGCCUUCAUAAAAAGAAUGUCCUAAAUGCUAAAUCAAAUUAUGUAAUCUCAUAUUCUGUGGGUCUCCAAAUCUGGUAUCAUAAGGGAAAGAAGAUUCCAAAGGUAAGGGCUGUCAGGUGUAGAGCUCCGCUAAUAUCCUUGAAAAUUCAGCAAAAUGAUUGAAUGAAAUUAUCUCUGUCUCAUCUCAUUGUCUCGAUUAGAAUAUAGGUUUAAAAAGAGGUCUCUUGGGCCUGGUCUGCACUAUGAGUUUAAGUCAAAUUUAGCAGUGUUAAAUUGAAUUAACCCUGCACCCAUCCACACAACGAAGCCAUUUUUGUCAACAUAAAGGGCUCUUAAAAUUGAUUUCUGUACUCCUCCCCGAUGAGGAGAGUAGCACUGAAAUCGACAUUGCCAGUUUGAAUUAGGGUUAGUGUGGACGCAAUUUGACGAUAUUGGCCUCCGGGAGCUAUCCUACAGUGCACCAUUGUGACAGCUCUGGACAGCAAUCUGAACUCGGAUGCACUGGCCAGGUAGACAGGAAAAGCCUCAUGAGCUUUUGAAUUUCAUUUCCUGUUUGCCCAGUGUGGAGGACUGAUCAGCACAAGUGACCAUGCAGAGCUCAUCAGCACAGGUGACUAUGCAGUCCCAGAAUUGAAAAAGAGCUCUAGCAUGGACCGUAUGGGAGGUACUGGAUCUGAUCGCUGUAUGGGGAGAUGAAUGUGUGCUAUCAGAACUCUGUUCCAAAAGACAGAAUACCAAAACAUUUGAAAACAUCUCCAAGGCCAUGAUGGACAGAGGCCACAACAGGGACUCAACACCGUGCUGCAUGAAACUUAAGGAGCUGAGAGAAGCGUACCAGAAAGCCAAAGAAUUAAACAGAUGCUCCAGGACAGAGCCGCAGACAUGCCGCUUCUACACUGAGCUGCAUGCAAUUCUGGGGUGAGGCGCCACCACUACCCCACCCCUGUCCGUGAACUCUGAUGAUGAGGUACUCUGUCGCCAUGCCUGAGAAUUUUGUGGAUGGGGAAGAUGAUGAUGAUGACGACGACGAUGAGAUUAAGGCGAUCACACAGCACACUGUUCUCCCCGACGGCCAGGAACUUUUUCUCACUCUGACUGAAAUACUCUCCCAAGGUGGUAUUCUGAACCAUGAAGCUGCAGAAGGGACCUCUGCUGCAGAUGUUUCAAGCCUCCCUCCUCCAUCUCAAAGGCUAUCUCAGAUAAGAUGGCAAAAAAACCACAUGUGUGAUGAAAUGGUCUCUGAGCUCCUGCUGGCAUCCCACACUGAAAGAGCUCAACAGAAAGUGUGGAAGGACACAAUAGCACAGGACAGGAAAGCGGCCAGUGAACGUGAGGAAAGGUGGCAGCAGGAAGAUCAGAGGAUGCAGGAUGCAACGCUGGGAUUACUGCAGGAACAAACUGGCAUGGUCCAGCAUCUGGUGGAGGUUCAGGAACGUCAGCUGGAGAGACUGCGAUUGCAACCCCUGUUUAACCACCCUUCCCCCUCCCCAACUUCCAUAGCUGCCUCCUCACCCAGACACCCACGGGGAGGCUCUGGGCACCCAACCACUCCACCCCAGUGGACAGAAGAUUGUCAUUCAACAAGUACUGAAGUGGCCUUUUCCUUCCCUCCUCCCCAACCCCACCCGGGCUACUUUGUGAGUUAUCUCCGUAUUUUUAUAAUCAAAUAAUAAAGAAUACAUGGUUUUUAAAUGAUAGUGACUUUAUUUCCAUUGAAGAGAGAAGGGCAGUUGGCUUACAGGGAAUUAGUCAACCAAGGGGAUGGGUUUUCAUCAAGGAGAAACAAAUAGAACUGUCACAC